AUGAAGGCUUCAGCAGGCAAAACUACCACAGAUCGAGGUGUGAAGUGUUCAAGGAAAAAUGACAGGAUUGUCAUCUCAGGAAUGUCUGGUUUAUUUCCUGAGGCAGGUUCCGUCCAAGAAUUUGCUAAUAUUCUUUACGAUAAGGUAAAUCCUGUAACGUCAGAAAACAAUCGUUGGUUGUAUACACCACGAGAAAUUGGCCCGUAUUCAGGGAAAACACCAGGAUUACAAUAUUUCGAUGCACAAUUUUUUAAAGUACAUGAAAGACUUGGAGAAAAAAUGGAUGUUAUGUCCAGGAAGUUAUUGGAGCAAUCUUACCAAGCUAUUUACGAUGCAGGUCUGAGCCCUCAGAGCUUAAAUGGUAAAAAUGUUGCAGUCUACAUAGGUAUUUCUGUUUCUGAGACUGAAAUAACCGGAUUUUUUGAUAAUUCUUCCAAGAGAGGAUUUGGAAUAAUGGGAUGUAGUAAAACAAUGUUCGCAAAUCGUAUCUCCUAUUGGCUAAAUGUAAGAGGUCCUUCCAUAGCCGUCGACCUAGCAUGCUGCAGCUCUAUGAGUGCUCUACAGCUGGCAUAUCUUGCCAUGAAAAGUGGUGAAUGUGAAGCUGCCAUUGUUGGAGGAUGUCAUUUGUGUACGCUGCCUGAAUCAUCAGUUCAUUACAACAGAAUAAACUCGAUAGCAACGGAUGGAAAAACUAGGUCGUUUGAUCAAGAGGCCAACGGAUGUGUUCUUUCUGAUGCAAUCAAUGUUAUUUUCUUACAAAAAGCGAGUGAUGCUUUGAGGGUAUACGCUGAUGUGGUCCACGCCAAGAAUGAAUACAUUUCUUUCAAACAAGAAAAUGAGUUUCCCAAGAGCGGAUCAUAUAGGAAACCGCAUGAAAUUGCAAGUUUUUUGAAAGAAUUUUAUAAAGAAGCGGAAUUCGCCCCACAAGAUGUCGACUACGUAGAGGCAUUUGGCAUCGGUAGGCCAUGA